AUAAAUUUUUCAGUCGUAACUGAAUAGUUCUUAUUUAACGUGACUUUAAGUGACCAUAAAAUUGAACUUGUUUUGCAAUCUUAAUUUGACAUUUGCAAUGCACGCGCUGUAAGGCACACCCUGCUCGAAGAGAAGUCUGGGGAAAGUGCAAGCGAUAACCGUGACGGUACAUGUAGUCCAGGUUGUUAUUGAAAACCUGAUAAACGCUCGUAAUCAAUGUUUAGCCGGAAAGUAAUUUGCACUUGAACGUUAUCUUAUCGUGAUCGAAAAAAAAAAAAACUUAUCACCACGGUAGUCAAGACAUUGCAUUUUUAGUAAUUUUGACAAUUAAAUGCAUCGCUUCACUCGUUCAAUUUACGGUCGUUUGAUUAAGUUAUUUCUUAUUACAGAUUUUGCUCUGCGUUCAGGGAGCCAGUUUUACUUUGAGCUUUUAACUUUCGUUAACAUUUGUUUUUUGAGGUUAGUAUUAAUUUGAAAUAGGUAGUGUCAACAUCGGCAAAACUGCUUCGGACAAAGGAAUAUAAGGCAAAAAUACUCCUAUCGCCGGGAUGGGUUGGUUAAAAAUUUAUUACAGAGGUCGAUCCGAAUGUCGAUUAAGUAGAACUUAUCGAUAUUUGCGGUAGCAUAUUAUCAAGAGUCUGUCCAAGACAAAAAAAACCUAAGUGGCUUUUCAAAAGCGAUGGGAUUAUAAAAUAUUACGAGACUGAGGUGUGAAAAGCUGCAAGAGAACUAUUGUUUCAUAACAAAAAAUAUAUGUGACAGACUUUUACUUAAAGACUCAAAUGCCAUCAAUCAAGCAUCAAAGACAUAACUGAGACACAUUUCCGUUUAAAUCAUUAACUUUUCAAUAUCUGGAAACGUGGCUGAACAUUGGAAACUGUAUUAAUUGGAAAUCACCCGAUUCAUAAUAUUAUCGUUAAUCAAGGACUUUUUGUCGGGUCUCUUUAGCAAAUUCACCGCGAAAUAUUAGUCGUUAUUAACCUCGAUUAUAAAAACGAUUGUUUACCUAAGAGUCUGCUCCUCAGCGCCGAAAGGUCAUUGGUGGCUUCGCUUUAAAAAGAACUGAAAGAUUGCUUGUUAGCAAGUAUUACCUGGACUUGACGCGCGCGUGUAAGUUGGAUGUGAUGGAGUCGAACAACUCCUCUUCGGUGGAAAGUGGCGGCGACUUACCACCAGAGAGUUACUUCGACGUCAGUUACGACUCUUGUUUAAUCAGUCUUAGCGUCCUCAUCAUCGCCAUCAACCUGUUAGUGCUUGUGUUGUUCGUCAGAAGAAGACCUCUACGGACGAAAACGAACUUACUGCUGGUAAGUUUAAGCGUUUCUGAUCUAAUGAUGGGUCUUCUUGGGAUCCCAAUGAACACCGCUUGCAAUGCACUGGUCGGCUAUAAGAAUUUCUCAGGACUGUGCAUAACAUCAGCAGCUGUUUACAGGUUUAUUGCUGUAUCCACUAUAUUUCAUAUCCUUAUAAUUACCGGCGAAAGGUACGUUUCUGUGAUCUAUCCGUUUAGAUACAUGACUAUUGUGACCAAAAGAAGAACAGUUACCCUCAUAACCUCCGUGUGGUUCUUUUCCCUGUUCAUGGCGCUGAUACAACUUGCGUGGCAAGAACUAGACAACUUCACGUCUCGAAAUCCUACCAAACUUCGUUGGGGUCUGAUCUACAACAUGAUUGGAAUCGUUGUCUGUUUGUUGAUACCUUUAGCGCUCAUGUUGUUUUUUUACAUCCGAAUGUUUAAUGUGAUUCAUCAUCAAGCAAAACAAAUUAGGAAGCUGGAAACUUUUCAUGAGUUUCGCAGCCGAGGCAAACAUUUAGUAACUGAAAAGCGAGCCAUAUCUAUCUUCGCUCUGAUGUUGGGAAUAUUUACGUGCUGCUGGUCCACUUGGUACAUAAGCCUGCUACAAGACUACCUCGGCACAGAUGUGUUCUACGCCAUACCGCCAGUAUGGCUGCUGGUCUUUGACUUUUUGCGAUUCUCUACUUCACUAGUUAAUCCGAUGUUGUAUACGUUCCUGAAACAAGAUUUUCGUCGUGAGUUGUGUUUGAUGAUUCCGUGUUUCAAGAAGAAGAGGAAGAAGAACGAGCGGUGUGAUCAAAGUACAAUAAUGGAAUCGCUAGUGUAACAGAGAUUAAAAAAAAAAAAAAAAAAAA